AUGAAGAACCUUCUAUGGCUUAUUCGGCAACUUGUCAAUUUUGCAACUCUUGGCUGCAUAUGGAUUUCUGUGGCACAGUGUACAGUUUUAAACAGCUGCCUAAAGUCAUGUGUAACUAACCUGGGUCGGCAGCUUGACACUGGAACACCAUAUAACCUGAGCGAAACUUGCAUCCAAGGAUGUCAUUUUUGGAACUCUAUAGAUCAGGAAAGUUGUGCUCUAAAGUGUAAUGAUACCUAUGUCACUGUUUAUGAGCGAGAAUCAUGUGAGGUUGGCUGCAGCAGCGCGGAGGGCGCCUAUGAAGAGGAAGUGCUGGAAAAUGCUGAUCUCCCCACUGCACCUUUUGCUUCUUCCAUUGGAAGUCAUAGUGUGACACUACGAUGGAAAUCUGCCAACAUCUCUGGAGUAAAAUAUAUCAUACAGUGGAAAUACACACAGCUUCCGGGAAGCUGGACUUACACUGAGGCCGUGUCCAAUUUCUCAUAUGUGGUACAGUCUCUGCAUCCCUUCACUGAGUAUACUUUUCGAGUGGUUUGGAUUUUCACAGCUCAGUUGCAGUUAUAUUCUCCCCCAAGUUCCAGUUAUAGAACUCAUCCUUCUGGAGUUCCUGAAACAGCUCCUUUCAUUAGAAAUAUUGAGAGCUCAAGUCCGGACACGGUAGAAGUCAGCUGGGCACCACCCCAGUUUCCAGGUGGACCUAUUUUGGGUUAUAACUUAAGACUGAUCAGCAAAAAUCAAAAAUUAGAUUCAGGGACACAGAGAACCAGUUUCCAGUUUUACUCCACUCUACCAAAUACCAUCUACAGGUUUUCUAUUGCAGCAGUAAAUGAAGUUGGUGAGGGGCCAGAAGCAGAAUCUAAUAUUACCACUCCAUCCCUAGCAGUUCAAGAAGAGGAACAAUGGCUCUUUUUAUCCAGAAAAACUUCUCUGAGAAAGAGAUCUUUAAAACAUUUAGUAGAUGAAGCACAUUGCCUUCAGUCAGAUGCUAUCCACCAUAAUAUUACAGGAAUUUCAGUUAAUGUCCACCAGCAAGUUGUUUAUUUCUCUGAAGGAACUCUCAUAUGGGUGAAGGAGGCUGCUGACAUGUCCAGCGUGUCUGACCUAAGAGUUUUUUACAGGGGUUCAGGAUUCAUUUCUUCCAUCUCUGUAGACUGGCUUUAUCAGAAAAUGUAUUUCAUCAUGGAUGAACUGGUAUGUGUCUGUGAUUUACAGAACUGUUCAAACAGUGAGGAAAUUACACCCCCCUCUAUUAAUGCACCUCAAAAAAUUGUGGUUGAUUCAUACAAUGGGUAUGUCUUUUAUCUCCUGAGAGAUGGCAUUUAUAAAGUAGAUCUCCCUGUGUCACCUGGCCGGGGCUCUGAAGUGGUGCGUAUUGUGGAGAGUUGCACAUUAAAGGACUUUGCAGUAAAGCCACAGUCCAAGCGAAUCAUUUACUUCAAUGACACGGCCCACAGCUUCAUGUCAACAUUUCUGGAUGGCUCUGCUUCCCAUCUUGUCCUGCCUCAAACUGUCUUUGCUGAAGUGAAGAGCUUUGCUUGUGAAAACAAUGACUUCCUGGUCACAGAUGGAAAGGCCGUUUUCCAGCAAGACUCUUCAUCUUUUAAUGAGUUCAUUGUGGGAUGUGACCUGAGUCACAUAGAAGAAUUUGGGUUCAGUAACUUGGUCAUCUUUGGUUCUCACACCCAGCCGCAUCCCCUCCCUGGCCGCCCGCAGCAACUCUCAGUUCUGUUUGGCUCCCACCAGGCCCGGGUCCAGUGGAAGCCUCCUGCCCUCGCCAUAGGAGCCAGCCCUUCCGCCUGGCAGAACUGGACUUACGAUGUGAAACUAUCAAGCCAAGACUUCCCAGAAAUCACUCAUGUUUUUUCUAACAUAAGUGGGACCAUGCUUAAUGUACCCCAGCUGCAGAGUGCUAUGAAAUACACGGUGUCUGUGAGAGCAAGUUCUCCCAAGGGGUCAGGCCCUUGGUCAGAGCCCUCGGUGGGUACUACUCUGGUGCCAGCUAAAGAGCCACCAUUUAUUAUGGCUGUGAAAGAAGAUGGACUUUGGAGUAAACCAUUAAAUAGCUUUGGCCCAGGAGAAUUCUUAUCCUCUGAUAUAGGAAAUGUGUCAGACAUGGAUUGGUAUAACAACAGCCUCUACUAUAGCGACAAGAGAGGUGAUGUUUACAUGUGGCUACUGAAUGGGACUGACACCUCAGAGAAUUAUCACAUACCCAACAUCGCCGGUGCAGGGGCUUUAGCUUUCGAGUGGCUGGGUCACUUUCUCUACUGGGCUGGGAAGACAUACGUGAUACAAAGGCAGUCUUUGUUGACAGGACAUACCGACAUUGUGACUCAUGUGAAGUUGUUGGUGAAUGAUAUGGUGGUGGAUUCAGUUGGAGGAUUUCUAUAUUGGACCACACUAUAUUCAGUUGAAAGUACCCGACUAAAUGGGGAAAGUUCCCUGAUACUACAAGCACAGCCUUGGUUUUCUGGGAAAAAGGUAAUUGCUCUAACUUUAGAUCUCAGUGAUGGGCUCCUGUAUUGGUUGGUUCAAGAUAGUCAAUGUAUUCAUCUGUACACAGCAGUUCUUCGAGGGCAAAGUGCUGGUGAUCCCAUCAUCACAGAAUUUGCAGCCUGGAGCACUUCUGAAAUUUCCCAGAAUGCACUGAUGUACUACAGUGGUCGGCUUUUCUGGAUCAAUGGCUUUAGGAUUAUCACAGCCCAAGAAAUCAGUCAGAGAACUAGUGUCUCUAUUUUGGAACCAGCCAAAUUUAAUCAGUUCACAAUUAUCCAGACAUCGCUUAAGCCUCUACCAGGGAACUUUUCCUCUACCCCUAAAGUUAUCCCAGAAUCUGUUCAAGAGUCUUCAUUUAGGAUCGAAGGAAAUGCUUCAAGUUUUCAAAUCCUGUGGAAUGCUGCCCCGGAAGUAGAUUGGGGUGUAAUUUUCUACAGUGUGGAAUUUAGUGCUCAUUCUAAGUUCCUGGCUAGUGAACACCAGCCUUUACCUGUAUUUACUGUGGAAGGACUGGAGCCCUAUGCCUCCUUUAAUCUUUCUGUCACUCCUUAUACCUACUGGGGAAAGGGCCCCAAAACGUCUUUAUCACUUCGAGCACCUGAAACAGUUCCAUCAGCACCAGAGAAUCCCAGAAUAUUUGUAUUACCUAGUGGAAAAUACAGCAACAAGAAGGAAGUUGUGGUGGAAUUUAGAUGGAGUAAGCCUAAGCAUGAAAAUGGAGUGUUAACAAAAUUUGAAAUUUUCUAUCAAAUUUCCAACCAAAGUGAAACAAAAAAAACAUUAGAAGACUGGAUUGCUGUCAGUGCCGCCCCCUCAGUGAUGUCUUUUCAACUAGAGGGCAUGAGCCCUGGGUACACUGUUGCCUUCCAGGUUAGAGUUUUCACAUCCAAAGGGUCAGGACCAUUUUCUGACAUAGCAAAGGCCAGAACAUCAGAAAUCAAUCCAUUUCCAUACCUCAUGGCUCUGUCUGGCAACAUGAUAGUUCUGUUAGAUAUGGAUCAAAAUAAAAUUGUGUGGACUUUCUCAGCAGAAAGGGAAAUCAGUGCCAUUGGUUACACAGCAGAUAACGCAAUGGUGUAUUACACUCAAGGAAACUCUCUCUACACUCUGAACAUGCACAAUCAAUCUAGCUCUGAGAUUUUCCAAGAUGCACGAGUUGUUGAUAUCACUAUUAUUACAAUUGACUGGAUUUCAAGGCAUCUCUACUUUGUAAUGAAAGAAUCACAAAAUGGAAUGCAGAUAUUUGAUGUUGAUCUUGAACAAAAGGUAAAAUACCCCAGGAAGCUGAAAUUUUGCAACAGAAAUUCAACAAUAAUCUCCUUUUUUGUAUAUCCUUUUUUAAGUCGCCUGUAUUGGACAGAAGUUUCUAGUUUUGGCUCUCAGAUGUUCUACUACAGUAUAAUCAACCAGACCUUGCACCACAUUCUGCAACACACACCCACAAACCAUUCGGAUGGAAGGAGCCAAUGUUCUUGCAAUGUGACUGAAUUUGAGUUAAAUGGAGUGAUGACCAUUGAUACUUCUGACCUAAAGAAGCCACAGAUAUACUUUGUCAAAGGACAAGAGAUUUGGGCCAUGGAUCUGGAAGGAUGUCAAUGUCAGCAGGUUAUCAUGGUGCCUGCUUUGCAUGGAAAAACACUUGUUAGCCUAACUAUGGAUGGAAAAUUUCUAUAUUGGAUGGUCACAGCAAAGGACAGCACACAGAUUUAUCAAACAAAGAAAAGCAGUGGGGCCAUCUUCUCCCAGGUUAAGACCCUGAGGAAUAAGUGUAUCUCGGCUUACAGUUCAGUACUGCAGCCUUUUCCAGAUAAAGCAUUUCUGUCUCUAGCUUCAGAUAUUGCAGAGCCAACUAUACUUAACACUACUAAUACCAGCCUCACCAUCCAAUUACCACCCACCAGGACGAAGCUGACGUUGCACGGUAUCAUCAGCCCUACACCAACAUACCUGGUUUAUUACAAAGAAGUUAAUGUCAGGAAAAAUAGCUCUAAACUGAAAUAUGAAAUGCUGGAAUUUCAGGAGAGUAUAGCCUUUAUUGAAGGUUUACAACCAUUUUCAACAUAUGUGAUACAGAUAGCUGUAAAGAAUUAUUAUUCAGAUCCUUUGGAACAGUUACCUCUGGGAAAAGAGAUUUGGGGAAAAACUAAAAGUGGAGUGCCAGAGGCUGUUUGGCUUAUUAACACAACUGUGCAGUCAGACACCAGUCUCAUUAUAUCCUGGAAAGAAUCUCCCAAGCCAAAUGGACCUAAAGAGUCAAUUCGCUAUCAGGUGGCAGUCUCACACCUGGCCCUAAUUCCUGAGACUCCUUUACGACAAAGUGAAUAUCCAAAUGGAAGGCUUGCUCUCCUUAUUCCUGGGCUGUCUGGUGGAAAACUGUAUGUAUUAAAGGUUCUGGCCUGCCAUUCAGAGGAAAUGUGGUGUGCUGAGAGUCAUCCCGUCACUGCUGAAAUGUUUGACACGCCAGAAAAACCUUAUGCCUUGGUUCCAGAGAACACUAGUGUGCAUUUAAACUGGAAGGCACCAUUUAAUGUUAAUCUCACCAGAUUUUGGUUUGAACUCCAGAAGUGGAAUUACGAGUUUUACCAUGUUAAAGCUUCAUGCACACAAGGUCCUGCUUAUGACUGUACCAUCACAGAUCUGCAGCCUUAUGCUUCCUAUAAUAUUCGAGCAGUGGUGGUUUAUACCACAGGGGAAAAUAGCACCUCAUUUCCAGAAAGCUUUAAGACAAAAGCUGGAGUCCCAAGUAAACCAGGAAUUCCAAAAUUAUUAGAAGGUAGUAAAAAUUCAAUACAGUGGGAAAAAGCUGAAGAUAAUGGAAGCCGACUUCAAUAUUACAUCCUUGAGAUCAGAAAGGGCAGUUCAAAUGAUUCACAGAACCAGAACUUAAUGUGGGAGAUGGCCUUUAAUGGAAGCUGUGGCAGCAUUUGCACAUGGAAAUCCAAAAGGCUUAAAGGAGUAUAUCAGUUCAGAGUAGUAGCUGCAAAUCAUGUGGGGUUUGGAGAAUACAGUGGAAUCAGUGAUAGUAUUAUAUUAGCUGGAGAUGGUUUUUGGAUACCAGAAACAAGUCUUAUACUUACUAUUUUCAUUGGAAUAUUUCUGCUUGUUACAAUCCCACUGAUCUUUGUCUGGCAUAGAAGAUUAAAAAAUAAAAAAACUCCCAAGGAAGGACUGACAGUUCUCAUAAACGAAGACAAAGAGUUGAGCGAGCUUCGAGGUCUGGCAACUGGCGUAGGACUGGCUAAUGCCUGCUAUGCAAUACAUACUCUUCCAACCCAAGAGGAGAUUGAAAGUCUUCCUGCCUUCCCUCGGGAAAAACUGACUCUGCGUCUCUUGCUGGGGAGUGGAGCCUUUGGAGAAGUGUAUGAAGGGACAGCAGUGGACAUUUUAGGACUUGGAAGUGGAGAGACCAAAGUAGCAGUGAAGACUUUGAAGAAGGGUUCCACAGACCAGGAGAAGAUUGAAUUCUUGAAGGAGGCACAUCUGAUGAGCAAGUUUAAUCAUCCGAACAUUCUGAAGCAGCUUGGAGUUUGUCUGCUGAAUGAACCCCAGUACAUUAUCCUCGAAUUGAUGGAAGGAGGAGACCUUCUUACCUACUUACGUAAAGCUCGCAUGACAACGUUUCAUGGUCCUUUACUUACCUUGGUUGACCUUGUAGACCUGUGUGUAGAUAUUUCAAAAGGUUGUGUCUACUUGGAGCAGAUGCAUUUCAUUCACAGGGAUCUGGCAGCUCGGAAUUGCCUUGUCUCUGUGAAAGAUUAUACCAGUCCAUCACGAGUAGUGAAGAUUGGGGACUUCGGACUCGCGAGGGACAUCUAUAAAAAUGAUUACUAUAGAAAGAGAGGGGAAGGCCUACUGCCCGUUCGGUGGAUGCCUCCAGAAAGUUUGAUGGAUGGACUCUUCACUACUCAAUCUGAUGUCUGGUCUUUUGGAAUUGUGAUUUGGGAGAUUUUAACUCUUGGCCAUCAGCCUUAUCCAGCUCAUUCCAAUCUUGAUGUUUUAAACUAUGUGCAGGCAGGAGGGAGACUGGAGCCACCAAGGAAUUGUCCUGAUGAUCUGUGGAAUUUAAUGACCCAGUGCUGGGCUCAGGAACCUGACCAAAGACCUACUUUCCAUGAAAUUCAAGAUCAGCUUCAGUUAUUCAGAAGUGCUUCCUUAAACAGCAUUUCUCAAUGCAGAGAUGAAGCAACCAGUGGAGUCAUAAAUGAAGGCUUUGAAGAUGAAGAUGGCAGUAUGACUUGUGUGACUUCAGAUGGAAUUAUGUCAAUUGCUUUAAUGGAAACCAGGAACCAAGAAGGGUUAAACUACAUGGUACUUGCUGCAGAAUAUAGCCAGGGUGAAGAAAAUUCUGAGGGUCCUCUAGGCUCCAAGGAAUCAGAAUCUUGUGGUCUGAGGAAAGAAGAGAAGGAACCACAUGCAGACAAAAAUAUCUGCCAAGAAAAACAAGAGGCUUACUGCUCUCCUGGCAAGCCCGAAGGCCUGAACUAUGCCUGUCUCACUCACAGUGGCUGUGGAGAUGGGUCUGAUUAA